AUGGCUCUUGAAGAAAUUUGCGGCCUACAUAGAAUACUCAAGGGGGACAAUGCGAAUGAAUCAUAUGAAGUAAGUGUCCUGAAUAAGGAGAACAACAUCUUCCAAAAUCCGUAUUCACAUAAUGCACCACGCAACCCGAAUUUUGAGAAACGUAUUAGGAAUCACGGGACUACCACAUUGGGAUUUAAAUACCAGGGUGGCAUCAUUCUGAGCGCUGAGUCACGUGUCACAAAUGAAGAAAGCAUUUCUUCGACGAGCAUGGAGAAAAUCAUAGUGGUGCACAAGAAUAUAUUGGGCACCUUUGCCGGAUGUGCCGGCGACUGCGCCUUCUGGUGUCGAGCCCUAACCAGAGAGUGCCGCCUUUUCGAACUCAACUAUGGACAUUGCAUGCCGGUGAUUAUUGCCUCGAAGAUGAUGAGUAAUAUGAUGUACAGAUUCAGGGACCUCGAACUCUACAUGGGCAUGAUGUUAGCUGGCUACGAUCCCGUUGAUGGGGCUAAGCUUAUCUAUGUUGAUUCCGAGGGCUCCCACGAAGAGGUUAAUUGCCAUGUUGUUGGCAGUGGCGAAGUGUAUGCUUCGGGGCUCAUCAAGAGAUUCUACAAAUGGGAUUUGGGAAAUGAUGAGGCGUACAAUCUGGCCCUAAAUGUCAUUCAUAAUGCUUCCCAAAUGGAUUGGCACACGGGUGGACCAAUUAGUCUUUAUCAUAUGCGGCAGGAUGGCUGGUCAUGUGUGACCAAAAAAACUCCCCAGGAACUGAAUGAGAUAUUUGCUGAUCAGGCUAACUAUCCUUAUAGUGGUUUUAAAUCUGAAAAUCUGGUUCAGCUAUGA